AUUCCAGGUCCAAAUCUUUCUUUUUUUCCCGUAGUCUCCAGUCCAAAUUUCGCGGGACUACUUGUCGUUCUUGGAUUCGGACUCAUUUCCUACUCGAAUUAGAGCUGAGCUGAGGCCUCGGUAGGUGGGUUGAGCUUCCUAUUAUAUAUACAAGUGCUGCCUGCCCCUGUUCCUGCUGGGUUGAACUAAAGCUGUGCGGUUGAUAGCUGCAGAAGCGAUUCAUCGUUCAGAAGAUCCGAUUUUGCAAUUUCUCCAAUGGGGACGUGUAGCUUAGUGAGGAUGAUGGGCUUACUGCAGCUAGACUUGAGAAUUUUGCGUACGCUGCUGGCUCUUUCUCCCCCUCCCAGUUCACAUUGGAAAUUCAGAAAACACCCGCCAUUUAUGCUGAUGGAGACGGAGACCGUGGUGGAAAUAUUGCCAGAGCCGCCGCUGAUGGAGACCGAGACUGUGGUUGAAACACUGCUGGAGCUGCCGCUGGAUGUAUUGAUGGAUAUCUUUUCCCUCCUGGAGCUUCCUGACCUCAUUCGUGCGAGCUCUGUGUGCUCCUUCUGGCGCUCUGCUUAUAGUAGUCUACAUAGCCAGCUUGGGCAAUAUAAGCGGCCCCAGACACCUUGCCUCCUCUACGCCUCCGAAUCCGAUGGUGAGAACGUAGCUUGUCUCUACAGUCUUGCAGAAAAGAGGGUCUACAAGCUAAAUCUUCCGGAUCCACCUAUCCGUAGUAGGCAUCUCAUUGGGUCCUCCCAUGGCUGGUUAGUUACUGCUGAUGAGAAGUUCGAGCUUCACCUUCUCAAUCCGAUCACUGGUCAACAGAUUGCCCUCCCCUCGGCGAUCACCAUUGAGCAAAUAGAACCAAUCUUAGAUAGUGCCGGUGCAGUUAAUAAGAUUAAGAUGUGGGAUCUAGCGCCGAACGAUGAUCCGAAUGAGUUUUCUGACUGCCUCUACAUCAGGGCAUUUGUGUUUCCUGAUCCACCCAUGGGAAGCUACAUUGUGGUUAUCAUCCACAGUCCAGAUCGAUAUCUUUCCUUUGCAAGGGUAGGUGAUUAUAAAUGGACCUCGCUGCCGGGUGAGAACUAUAAACAAUGCAUCCACAUGGAUGGUCUAUUGUAUGCAUUCACAGAAACCGGAGGAGUCUAUACUUUUGAUCUGACCUGUCCUACCAUCACAAGGGAUAUUAUUGCAGAUGAGUUGCAGAAUUACAAGACGGUUGGGUACACGUAUGUUGUUCAGGCUCCAUGGGGUGAUCUGUUGCAAAUUUGCAGAGCAAUAGAUGACACACCCGAAGGGUUCAUAAAGACUGAGAAAAUACUAUUAUAUAAAGUUGAUGUGGCAGCAAAAGAACUUGUGGAAAUGAAUGGCUUGCAUGAUCAUGUGCUGUUUCUUGAGCGUAGUCAGUCGCAAUGCCUUAAUACUGAGGAAUAUCCACAACUGAAGCCAAAUCGUGUUUAUUUCACAGACGACAUAACAUAUAUUUCGAAGUAUAAGAAUAAUGACCGGGAUAUAGGUAUUCUCAACUUGGAAAAUGACAGUUGGGAAGGUGUACCUAAGCUUUGGUGCAAUUGGCCAAAUCCCAUAUGGAUGACACCCAACCUCACAAGGAUUAACAUGGCUGUGGAUAAGUAGUGAGCUUAUUAAAAUUUUGUAUUUAGCUUCUCGGAUGCUAUUAGAAACUGUCCAAAAGGGCUUUCUGGAACAAUUUUCCAAAUUUUAUGGGCAAAUGCUAUGAAAACGGAGGCAUGUUCCGUUUAUAUGUUUUUCAUACCUGGUUUGCUAUAUUUUAAAUGGCUUUUAUUUUCUGAAUUGUCCAAUAUCUUUUGUCUCAGUGUGCAUAUGUUUACGAUACUAAGCUUCUCCAUUUAGGACAGGUCUAACAUGGAACCGCAGUUUUAUAUUUUCUUUCACAGAACCACAUGUGUUUAUGUGGAUCGUUUAUUCAUUUUAUCUAACCCAAACCUACCAUUUCACCAUUCGUAACACAAAAAGUAACAUGUAGACCAUAUCAGCUCAUACGUCGCCUAUGUGUCAUCUCACCGCCAGUGAUUUAUGAAUCACGACGUCGUCUUGCGUGACUCUCUGUGCUAAGUAUGGACCAUGUAAGCUCAUACACGGCGCAGAGAUACCACACAAGCCCAAGUGUAUGUGUUCUCUCAAGCACAAGUGUAAGAGUAGGUUUCGAUUAGAUGAUCAAAACAUGUAGUUAUGUCCAAAAAAUUCCAAAAAUUGGUUUUUCCGUGUUAGACCUGCCCUAAUUGUGUUCUGGUUUUCUGUAAUUUGUCAUAUUGUUUAAAUAACCUUUUAGUCUUUUGUGAAAUUAGUGUGCAACUGGUAUUCGAUGGUUUAUACAGAUCCGUUAUUUAUAUGACCUGGCAACAAAUCCAAUUUGAAAAGGGUUUAUCCUUGGUGUUCAAGCCUGCACUCCCUUUUUUCUUAAACAAUCUGGAGAGGUUAGUAAGAUAUUAUGAAAACUGAACGAGCAAUGCAUAGCCACAAUCUGGAGAGGUUAAUAAGAUAUUAUGAAAACUGAAUGAGCAAUGCAUAGCCAGUCCACACGUGUCGGAUGUGCAAACCCCACAAACUUUGGAAGUUUCAAGAAGAAAAAGGAAGUUUGGCAUUUGGGCAUGUUAUAAAUGAUUUUUUCCAAGACUUGCAAAUGUGCUUCCAAGUUCAUUUGAGAAUUAGCUCAAGGUACAUACAUGGGAGGAACAAGUAUGCAAGGAUAUUAUCUUAGCUAGAUUGACGAGUGAUAACUAUGGUAUGCUCUAAGUUGAUUAUUCAGCUAUACUGCAAUUCUAAAAGAAUAUGAUUAAUGAGCAUCAGUGAUUCUGUGCUACAAUAGCUGUAGGUUGUUACUCCAUGACACACAGUUACAUUUCUGUACAGAAAGGGUCACCGUUCCCGUAUCAUAAGCACAUGAUCGACAGACAUGCUUGUUUUUUGCACUCAAUCUGUUUUUGAGGUCUGUUUCUUCGGUAGCUCAAAAGCAUUGACCUCCAACCUUCUGCUAACUUUGUUUUCCUGAAGAUGAGUUCUCUAUCCGGAAAAGUUUGCGAGCAAUUGGCAAGCUAAAACACAUUUCUAGUGUUGUAAGUAUUUAAAUUUUGCUUCUAGAGUUGUUCAUUCGCUGAAAGCUGUUUCUACACACGAUUGGUGUUAGCAUACCACUUGCCCGUGUGAUACUUAUGUCUUAUGCCCUUUACAUUCAGAAUAUAAACAGGAGUAGUGAGUCCUACAUAUGGCCCUAAGAUGAGUAUCUAAGCCAAUAUUUGGACCUAACUCCUAAUCUAGAUAAUCCUGAUCUCUGUAUACUUGAUCCCUAUAUUCCUCGUCUCUAAAUACAAUCAUAGCAUAAUCAUCCCCUCUUUCAAAUAGAAAUACAUGGGGAUUUCUAUUUUGAGGAGAUGAUGUUUUCACCUUGUAUAAUUUACAUAGAUUUCCCGAUUCUCCAAUAGCUUUGAGUUCUUUUUUCUUCCCCACUGAAUAUUAUUGCUUUAUCAGCUGACUGUUGGC